CCGAAGCGAACUCGCCGAUUGUGUGAUUGUGGCGGCAAAUACAGAUUUGCCUUAUCGACUCCGAUCCCACUGGAAGCGUGUAAAUUGCACGAAUCAAGGCCGGCCGAAGAAGGUAUUUUAGGCGUCGAGAGACCAUCUGCAGAUUUCAUCCGGUCAACAACAACCCUCGGUACUUACGUCUCCUCGACUCGAGAUCAAAGUUCAAAUCUGCUGAUUCUCUCGGCACAAACUGCCGACUCCUCUGAACAGGUCGGGAAAAAGGCAACCGAUGAGAAAGAAGGCUCAGAAUUCACCGGCCUGGGGCUAAGAAGUGCUAUCGGCCAGUUGGUUUCCAAACAUGUUGAGCUGGAGAGUCUCCAUGCCGACUACCAGCUCGUGUCAGCAAAUUUUGUGCUCAUUUUCGCCAAAUGCCAAGUCACUUAUUCCGAGGGUCUAGCCGCCUGCACUCCAAAAUGUAUUUAG